AUGCACGUGCGCUCGCUGCGAGCCGCGGCGCCGCACAGCUUCGUGGCGCUCUGGGCGCCCCUGUUCCUGCUGCGCUCCGCCCUGGCCGACUUCAGCCUGGACAACGAGGUGCACUCCAGCUUCAUCCACCGGCGCCUCCGCAGCCAGGAGCGGCGCGAGAUGCAGCGAGAGAUCCUCUCCAUCUUGGGCUUGCCGCACCGCCCGCGCCCCCACCUCCAGGGCAAACACAACUCGGCGCCCAUGUUCAUGCUGGACUUGUACAAUGCCAUGGCGGUGGAGGAGAGCGGCGGGCCCGACGGCCAGGGCUUCUCCUACCCCUACAAGGCCGUCUUCAGCACCCAGGGCCCCCCUCUGGCCAGCCUGCAAGAUAGCCGCUUCCUCACCGACGCGGACAUGGUCAUGAGCUUCGUGAACCUCGUGGAACACGACAAAGAAUUCUUCCACCCGCGCUACCACCACCGCGAGUUCCGGUUCGAUCUUUCCAAGAUCCCCGAGGGGGAAGCGGUGACGGCCGCCGAGUUCCGGAUCUACAAGGACUACAUCCGGGAGCGCUUUGACAACGAGACCUUCCGCAUCCGUGUGUACCAGGUGCUGCAGGAGCACUUGGGCAGGGAGUCGGACCUCUUCCUGCUUGACAGCCGCACCCUCUGGGCCUCGGAGGAGGGGUGGCUGGUGUUCGACAUCACGGCCACCAGCAACCACUGGGUGGUCAACCCUCGGCACAACCUGGGCCUGCAGCUCUCGGUGGAGACUCUGGAUGGGCAGAGCAUCAACCCCAAGCUGGCGGGCCUGGUCGGGCGGCACGGGCCCCAGCACAAGCAGCCCUUCAUGGUGGCCUUCUUCAAGGCCACGGAGGUCCACCUGCGCAGCAUCCGGUCCACCGGGGGCAAGCAGCGCAGCCAGAACCGCUCCAAGGCACCCAAGAACCAGGAGGCGCUGCGAGUGGCCAACGUGGCAGAAAACAGCAGCAGUGACCAGCGGCAGGCGUGCAAGAAACACGAGCUGUACGUCAGCUUCCGCGACCUGGGCUGGCAGGAUUGGAUCAUCGCCCCGGAAGGCUACGCUGCCUACUACUGCGAGGGCGAGUGCGCCUUCCCCCUCAACUCCUACAUGAACGCCACCAACCACGCCAUCGUGCAGACACUGGUCCACUUCAUCAACCCGGACACGGUGCCCAAGCCCUGCUGUGCGCCCACGCAGCUCAACGCCAUCUCUGUCCUCUACUUUGACGACAGUUCCAACGUCAUCCUGAAGAAGUACAGGAACAUGGUGGUGCGGGCUUGCGGCUGCCACUAG